AUGACGCCCCCCCAGCAGCUGCCACCCCUCAAGUCGGACCCCAGGGUGCUGGGCUCCUCGGCUUCGUCCUACAACUCCCUAGGUUUGAAUGGCGUCCCUGGGAGCAUCUGGGACUUUGUUUCCGGCAGCUUCUCUCCCAGCCCGUGCCCCAUUCUGAAUGCCGGCCCCACAUCCACUGCAAGUGCAAGUCCAAAUGGCGCCGAACUGGCACAGGUCAGGCGGCAGCUGAACGAGGCCAAGAGGAAGAUCAGGCAGUGGGAGGAGUCCUGGCAGCAAGUGAAGCAGGCCUGUGACGCCUGGCAGCGGGAGGCCAAGGAGGCGAAGGAGCGGGCACUGGCAGCGGACAGUGCCCGGCAGCUGGCACUGCAGAAGAAGGAGGAAGUGGAGGCCCAGUUCAGGCAGCUGCAGGAGGAGCUGGAAGGCCAGGGCAUGUCCACACUCCCGGGGCUGCAGGGCUGCAGCGACAUCGGUACCAUAUCACUGCCCAAGCUACAGUCGCUGCAGAGUCAGCUACUCCUGGAUCUGGAGGCGGUGGACGGGGUGAUCUUCCAGCUCAGAGCGAAGCAGUGCGUGGUGUGCCGAGAGCCGGCCCGCGGCGCCGUCCUGCAGCCCUGCCAGCGCCGUGUGCUCUGCGAGCCCUGUGUGGCCAGUGCGCCUGAGUGCCCCUACUGCGAGGGCCAGCCCCUCCAGUGGUGACAGCAGCCAU